UCGUGCUGAAAAGCUUGCAUGAAAAUCAUAGUGAACACUGCCAGAUUAAAAUGAAACAUUUACCUGGCUUGAUAGGCCAGUUAUAAUAUUGUCAGGUAACACGGACAGGUAAGGUGAAGCCCACCCUUACCGUAACCUGGGUGUCGACACGUGGAGGUUAUACCUACCCAGUAUUUACCUGCCUGUCCUGUGGUGUGUGUUCCGUGCUUCAUGGCAUUUAUUGCCUUAUUACCAGGAUACACUGAAUGUUUUGUGUGUUAAUCAUGCCAGAUGGAUAACGAAGGAAUAACCAAUGCAAGACAAAGACAAAAAAAAUCUAUGUGUUUACCUAUCCUCUCCAUGUAUGUAUACUUAUAAUACUAUUCACACACGUUAGACAAUGUUUGCGGAAGGGGAAAGCGCUGGCUGUACUUCGUACAAUACUCAUCAGAGAUAGAGGCAGUGAUAUACGCUGGGCAUAACGGCGUCAGAAAUGUUUACUCAUCUCAUCAACGUUUUGGUUAAAAGUCAGUCCUUUGUAGACUUUCAGUAACGAACGCGCCCCAGUAAGGGUUGACUUAUGCCAAUAGUGAACGCGCCUUCGUUUGGUUUUACAUGUCAGUGACGUUGAACGUGCCUUCGUUUGGUUAGCACAGUCAUCAGUUGUACCAGACACCUGACGUUUCUAGUAUUGAACAAGGAUUUAAAGUCGACCAGCAGGCGACACUCUGCCCGGUUGAAUAGGUACAUGCCCUGAUUCUGUACGUCACACUUCAAGAGAUGCAAAGAGACGAACUCUACGAAGACACCAUUUCCAAUCAAACCCCAUCACGUUUGGCGCCUUUCUGGUUGAUAUGAACGAUGCUAACGCUUUGACUAACGAUCCAAAGAGUUGUGUUGGUAGACGGUGCAGCCGUACCUCUAGUCGAUGGUGGUACCUAUCGUCACAUCUACAGGGGAGGUGCACUGGUGCAGAGGGGCCAUGUCGACUUUAAAGGGCAAUAUUGUUGGACCACAUUGUGAGUGUUAAUACGCUUUCUGCAAUACUUGAGGAUUAUUACAUAUUCACCUUGUAUGAGUCGCUUGAUAACAACGAUGACUGAAUGCAGUGUACAGAGACAAUAUUAACCCAACAGACACAUGUAUUAUACCAGUCUGUAUCAGCUUUACGACCAUAAGUAGGCAGACAUGUGCGGUCUCCGCUCACGAAAAAAAGAACAUUCUUGGACAAUGUCGCAUAUUUCGACUUUUACGUGUACAACGAUUUUGUAAGUUUCUGAUUCAAAAGUAUCACGUUACUUCGACUAUUUUAAAGUGUUGUUGACUGUUUUAAAGAUGACCAAGCGAUCAGUCUUGAUAUGACGUCAUACGGAAAGGCAGUUAUGUGAUACAUGGAUCGUACGUCCUCGACAUAAUACUGUAACGUCCUGUGUAAGUUUAAGGAUUGAUUAAAACGUAUUUGAUGAGCUCCACGUCAUGACCGUCACAUCAAGCCUCUCUGGAUACACCUCCUACCUACCUCCACGGGUAGUUGACGUCCCUCGGGAAGCCAUCCGAAGCUUUCACCAUUCCAAGAAAGUCGGAAACUAUUUACUUGGGAAGACCAUUGGAGAAGGAUCCUUCGCCAAGGUCAAGGAGGCUCUUCACGUACCCACAGGGGAACUGGUUGCCAUAAAAGUAAUUGAUAAAAAGAGGGCGAAGCAAGACAGCUAUGUCCGGAAAAAUCUUAGACGUGAAGGUAAAAUUCUUCAACUGGCAAGACAUCCGAACAUCGUACAGUUGUUUGAAAUCAUGGAAACCGAAAAUAGCUACUACCUCGUGACUGAACUGUGUAAAGGAGGUGAUCUUAUGGACUAUAUUUGUCAGCGAAAGAAACUUGAAGAGAGGGAGGCAAAGAAAUUUAUUCGACAGAUUGUUUCUGCUAUUGAAUAUCUACACAGACUUGGGAUACUGCACAGGGAUCUAAAAGUGGAAAAUUUACUGCUAGAUGAAAAUCGUGACAUCAAGAUAAUAGAUUUCGGUUUGAGUAAUACAAUCAAGGUCUCUUCUUCUAAAGACUCUGUACGUGCGCAGGAAUAUUUAAACACACAAUGUGGAAGUCCUGCUUACGCAGCACCGGAACUUCUUGGGCGUAAAAAGUAUGGUCCUCAAGUAGAUGUCUGGAGCAUAGGUGUGAAUAUGUAUGCGAUGCUGACUGGGAACCUGCCUUUCACUGUUGAUCCCUUCAAUAUAAAAACCCUGUACAACAAAAUGCUGAGCGGUCAAACUAAUCCUCUUCCCGAACACGUAACAAAGGGAAAGGGUAUUGCGAUGGAACGAGCACCUUGUCCGAACAAACUACGGAACGACGAACUAGAUGACAACAUCAUGAAACACAUGACAGAAUCACAAGGGUUUCGACUGUCAGAGGUGAUCCGAUUCGUUAUCGGAAACAUCCCUAGUCCUGCCUUAGCAAUGUAUCAUAUCCUUCACCGGAAGUUGGUUCGGUAUAUGGCAGACAUGCGUGUGAAGGGAAAAGUGUCUGCGAUGGAUUCACCAAUGUUUGGUCACAAAAAAGUAUCUCUAGUCUUUCAGAGAAUCAAAGCUCGUCGUAACUCUGCCGGUAGCGAGGACAGCCAGACAACUAACACUCAGAGGUUCGGUGCUGUCAACUACAUGGCCAAGAAAAAACAUACUCGGGUAGAGAAAGUCGACGACGUGAAAAUAACAGACAUGGAAAACGAUGAAAAUGAUCAGACGAAAACAUUUGAAAGGGAGGCAAUUGACGUAACAAGGACGGAACAGACGAAACUAUCUUUUUGUAAGUCCCCACUGCCCAUACGACGCGAGACGACCUACCUACCAAUUGUUCCUGGGAAGGUGAUAGUGCGGGGUGCUGGUGUUUCCCAUGACCUGUCUCCUUCCCCAGACUUACAUAGUGAGGACAUAGGGAGUGACAACUGUGGAACCGCUGAUGGUAUAGACUCGCACAGCACCGUCAACAAACGUUCCAAUUACCGACCUCAUAUGAUGCCUCCAAGACGCCAUCUUAGCCGGGUGAAGCAAUAUUUAUGGGAGGAUCCAUUACCGUCAGCAGAAAAAGGAAAUGCCGAGACGGCUGAUGUGUUAGUACGUCGUCUAAUCAAGCGAUGCAAUACAGACCUUACAGUGAAUAUGAAGGGCAAUAAACCCCGCUUUCAGAGGGCGCAACAUCAUCCGGAUAACGUCACUCAUCAAAUGUGCAAUGGACAAAAUAACGUCUAUAUUAGACGAACAGAAGUUAAAAUAGUAAAUAACAAGAAACUAAUACAUCUAGAUUACUCGCCUUGUGGUGGAAACAAAGACGUCAAGCAUGUGGUGACUACAGCACAUGGUGCUACACACAGAGGUCUGGAGGUUCCUAAGCCUAGAACAUCAGCACGUGCUGCACACCAUCAUCAGCCCCACAACCAUCAUAGGUCAGGGCAAGCACUUUCGCUUUUCAAUCGGAGUAAGUCCCCCCACGCGGCCUCUAUAGAGAGAAUCACCGCUCUGGCCUCUAGUCCAAAGCCCGCAAGUUCGAAGGGUACACUUAACUCGGAACUUUCGUCACUCCUCAACCGGGAGAGCACAGCCCCUUCGUUAGCCCUGCCUAACAUUAUGUCCCCUACCGAGUGCAAGUAAAAGGAAGGGUUAGUUACUGUUAUACAGUAUGUAAAGGCCUAUUUACAAAAGCUCUCGACCAACAAGAUACCGAAUAAUGACACAUUGGCACUUAUUACUUUUCCUUUUAGAGGUGAAAUAAAGGAUGGGUAUUUUAUCAUCUACCAAAUGUCAAAAUAUGAUUCUCUUUAACAAAUGCAAGUAUAAUGGGUACUUUAAACGCAAUGAUGUUUCGAGCAUGUCCUGUGAAGUAUCAGAGUGAUUUAAAUGAGGAAAUACUUUUGUUUGGAUAAGACUUCGUCUUUUUUUUUUUAAACAAAUCACCGUACGCCUUAAUAGGGCUUAGCGGUACGUGUGAUAUUUAUGUUAUUAAUGGUUUUCUUUAUAACCAUGGAUUCUUAUAGGAAGACAAUAGUUUACUUUGGUACUGGAAGACAGUUUUGUACAUGUAAAAUGGCUAGCUAUACCGGGAAUCUUCCAGUUAUUGUAGGAUUUGGGUGGUAUAUAUGGAUUGUGCUACGACACAUCAUAUUUAUUAUCAAGCAGCAAACAGUCGGAAUAAACCCUUAAUAUACACGUAUCGUACAAGAGAUACAGCGUGUGUUUAGACCCUGUAAUACAAUGUUCCGAGAAGCACAUGUUAUACUCAUAACAAAAAUGUUCUUUUACCAGUGAAGUCCUUUUGAAUAUUUAUCCAAUGAUCAACUCGACGAAUUGAAACAAGAAUAGGUUUCAGAUAAAUGUGACGUCAUUAUUCCGUCCUCGGUGUAGUUUUGUUUACUAGCUAUUGCUGUUUACAAAGUUUUCAGGGAACAAACUGAACAUUAAUAGCGAUGUCAAUAAGUCUUUUUCAGUGCAUGUAGUUAGACCAAUUGCAGACCCACAAUAAAAGUAAUACCACACUUUGGUUUGGCAAACGUCGCGGAUAACACUCGUUUACUGAACAGAAUUAAAAUCACGGUCGUGCUUUCUGUGACGCCGGAUAAAGACUUGUGAUGUUGUUGAUGUAUCAACGAGACAGACAAUCAACGGACAACAUAUGAUAAAAUGUAAAAGUUAUAAGGAUAUUCUAGUCGUUUAAUCAUACAUUCACUGUAUGUAAUGUUGUUCCAAUAAUGACUCUUGAUAUUUCAUCAGGAAUCGGAACUGUGUGAGUUUUGAAGGAAAGAGAUUCUUACAGUCGUACAAAAUGCCAAUCAACAACAAUCUCAAGAUGUCCAUAUUGAUGUCAAAGAUAAAUGCAUCUUAAAUCAAUCUACUUGAAGAUCAAUACCACGGUGAAAUACGAGAGAACCUGAGUCAGAAAUAUUGGCACCCGAUACAUUCCUUCCCAUAAUUACACAUUUUACACGAAAGUGAGGCUUAGAAAUAAAAAAACACUAUCAACUAGCUUUAUUCAUCAUGAGAUUUUACCAUGUUUAUAUUUAUAUUGUUACUAUGAUAUUGUGAUCAGCGGUACAACUU